AUGCGAGAAAAUUUGCUAUUAAAGGAAAAGGAGAAAGAAGUUGUUGGACAACCGAGUUGUAAUUUAUUCAAAAUUUCAGAUUUUGCGACCUGGAACGAUGGCUAUGCUGGUACGUCGCGCCAUCAUUCAGAAGAUAAUGAUAUUCCAGAAAUCGUUAAUCAAUUAACAUUAGCGCGUCGGUAUCGAGUAAUCAAUAUAGUUGGUGAGGGCGCUUUUUCAAAGACAGUAUGCGCUGAGGACAUAUAUCGCAAUAGGAGUUUAGUAGCCAUUAAGAUCAUGAUUUCCAAAUAUAACCGCGUUGGAUUUGAGGAAUGUAAAAAACUACGUUAUUUAAAUUUGCAUGAUGUUUAUGGAAACUCUCAUAUUAGCAAACUACUGAAUACGUUCUUCUUUGACAAACAUUUUUGCUUGGUAUUUGAAUAUUAUCGAGGUGGUGUGCCAAAAAUUUCAUAUAUGGUUAAUGAACAACUCCGAUUGCAAAUUAUUAGAAAGAUAGCUUGUCAGUUUUUAAUCGCUUUAAUUUAUAUUAAACAUAUGGCUGUAAUACACGGUGAUUUGAAGUUGGAAAACAUUCUUUUUGUCACAGAGAAUUCUCAUAAUUUAAGGAUAAUUGACUUUGGUAACGCAAUAGGUCUGGAUGAUGUAAAAUAUUAUAUGGAAAGUUUUGAAAUUCAAAGUCUUUUAUACAGAGCUCCGGAGGUUUUACUGGGCCUUCCUUUUGGUUAUGAAAUCGAUAUGUGGUCAUUCGGAUGUAUCAUAUGUGAAAUUUGGAUUGGUUGCCCUAUUUUUCAAAGUGAUACAAAAAUUGGGAUUAUCAAAGAAAUGGAACAAUUAAAUGCAAAAAAUUUUGCUUGGUAUUCGACCCGAAUUGAUAAUGGAUUGAAAGAUUGGCCAACAGGAUCGAAUGAGAAUACGUUACAGUCGAUUCGAAUUAGAAAGUUAUCAAAAACUUUAAAUACUAAUGAUAUGGAUUUUAUUAAAUUUAUUGAUGAAAUUUCCAACUAUAACUCUUCCAAAAGACUUACUCCAACAGAAGCUUUGUGUCAUAGAUUUUUUGCACCAUUAUUUCCAUUCGGACUAUUUUACACGAAUCAUGCGAUUGAUUCUUUAUUGAAAACUUCAAUGCGUUAA